UUUCUCAUGGAUGCCAUUGUCAGAUCUGGACCAAUGGACCAAGCGCGUACACCUUCCUUAAAGGCCGGCAACGCUCUUGUGAUUCCUCUGGUGUUGCAAGAGAAUGUGGGCGGCGGUGAUCACUUAACACCAGGUGACCCGUACGCUCGUUUGUCCUCCUAUUCCAUAAAAAAAAUACAAUGGGGUCCACACGGGAAGCACCAGCUUUCAAAUAAAAAAAGAAUUAUCAAAAUCGGUUCACCCAGUCGAAAGUUUUGAGGUAACAAACAUAAAAAAAAACGCAAACUAACGUUUUGCGAUAUUAAUUAUUAUUAUUUGGUUUUUUCGUCCAUUAUUAGGACAGGCAAAGGGUUCAAGCCAAUACAGCCGUAUUCGUUAAUAUUCAAUAAUAUAUUUCACGAUUUUUUCACGCCAAAGAAAUAUAACUUUCUUUUUUCUUAUUCAGUGGAUACUGCCCAUUUUUUUUAGUAAAUCAGUAAAAUUAAUAUUUUUAUAAUAAGGCACUUCGUUCCUAUCCGGUGUCCCACGACACCAUACGGUUUUUUUUUCUUAGAGAGUUUCGCUAGGUUGGUGUACAAAUUAUAAAGGCGAGCAUGCGAUUUAUAGACAUGUUGCAAUGUUAACUCAAACGUCAUUGUCAACGUCAAUUUCAAAAUAAUUAGGUACCUACGGCUACUAGUCAAAACAAUUGUGACACUUGUGUAUUUUGCAAGUGCAAGUUUCUGUGACGGGUGACCCUGUGUUGAGUGUUGUUGAUAAUUAUUGAUAUUGGGAAAUCGAUUGUCGACACUACAGCUGUGAAUAUUCGUAACGAGUAUGUUUCAAAAUUUUGUGACUCAGAUAUGAAAUUCAAUGUUUACUAUGGAUGAAAGUGAUUUUUUUAAACAGACUGUCCAACAUUUAGCACGAUGUCUCUCUUGCCUCAAUCCAACACCUUGGGAAAAGGUGAAUACGUUAUUUAUGCUAUGUCCACAAGUGAGCUCUUCAUUUGUUGUGACCUCACGAAAUCAGGAGGCGAGUAUAGCUCUUGGGCUAUAUUUCCUGCAGAGUGGAAUGCAACACCAAGAUAAACUUCUGCCAUAUUUUCUAAAAGUGCUGAAAUGCCUUACAAAUGCACAGUUUGAAGAGCCUAUGACUAGGAUAAAAAACGAUGAUAGAAUACCAAUGUCAGAAAAAUUUAGCUUCUGCCUAAAUACAUUACUAUCUGACAUUGCAGCAAAAAAUCCGUCGAUUCGAGAAGAAAUAAUCACAGCUCAGAUUGAGCUAAUGUCUAACCUGACGAAAGUAAUAAUAGCAUGUUAUGAAACUAAGGAUUACAAAAACACAGUGUCUAAACUGCAGUUAUGCAAAAGUACAGUUCCUAUUUUAAUUGGUUUGGCAAGAUCUUUGGGGAGAUAUCCCACAAUUGAUCCACCCUUACUUUGCCGUCUGUUUCCUCAGCCAAAUAGUCCAACGCGCCCGAAGGAACCCGAGCUAAACUUUGAGUAUGCAACAUUAGACAAAAAACGACGGUUUAAUCAAUUUCGCCCUAUAAUACCUAGAUCCUUAUCAGGCAACCUUAAUCCUAAUAUUGAAAGCAUAGUGGAAAAUGGUAGUGACACAGUUGACAGUGGUUGUGGGACAUUAAAACGGACUUCUCUACAGAGCUACCAAUCAGUACCGUUUGAUCCAACGACAUAUUUCUUCCACAAGUUUGGAUCUAGUUUUAACCAGUUCCCAUAUAUGAGGUUUCCGGAAUCUCCCGAGAAGAGGGGUGGUGUACAGUUCUAUGUGACAUAUUUGCAGUCAGUUUUAUCAUUAGCAAAGAAGUUAUUGACAAGAGAUGUUUUAGUCUUUCUGGAUGAAGAAGCACAAGAUGUUCAUGCAUCAGGAGAUAUACAUUUGUUUCCAUACAAAUCAUUCUCGGAGACUCUUAACCUGGUGAUGGUGACAUUGCUAAGAGAUCUUUUACAAAAUCAAAAGGAUUUGCCUGGACCAUUCACUAAAGAUGUCCAGGAAUUUGUAAAAUGCUUAUUUCUAAGUGGGCAAACUGAGCUUCAGAGCCGACAUCACGAUGCUUCGGAGAAAGAAGAUAAAGAAACUAAUUUUGCAACUGUCAAUAAGUUUAAAGUGAAUGUAAUGGCCAACUCGGCGUGUGUUGAUUUACUGGUGUGGGCUAUUGGUGAUGAAACAGGUGCGGAUUCAUUGUGCGGCCGAUUGACAGAAAAGAUAAAUUCAAAUCACAACCACAAAUUGAUUUUGGCUCACAUGCCGUUGCUGAUGGUCUGUCUAGAGGGUCUCGGUAAAUUGGCUACAAAGUUUCCAACAAUAGCGAACACAUCGAUAUAUUGUUUGCGGGAUUUCCUGGUUACACCGUCUCCUAUAUUGUUCAAACUUCACAAGUUGGAAUUGGAGAGGACAGGGAAGGAACACAUGAAGGUGACACUUCAAGGUAACGAGGCGCCCAUAACCGGCACAGGCCUACCGACCAAGUCGACGCCGUUCGAGAAGCUUCGAGACGCCGCGAUAGAAAAUCUGUGUGUCGCUCUCGACGCGGCGCUGUCUGUGGACCCGUACUGCGUGCCCGCUCUUGUGGGCUCUGUUAGCAACCGGCUGUUCACGGCAGAGACUAGCGACAGCGAGUCAUCUUUAAUAAGCACGAACAUAGUGAUAAUGUUGGGUCACGUGGCUGUAGCACUCAAGGAUACACCAAAGACAACAGAAACCAUAUUACAGUUCUUUCAACAGAGGCUCUGUCGAGCGCCGUCGUCUCUUGACACGCUGAUAGUGGACCAGCUGGGGUGCAUGGCGCUAGCGAGCCCCGAGGGUCCGGCGCACGAUGAGAUCAUGCGGAUGUUCACCGUCAUCACGGUGGAGGCGGCCAGCGCGGCGUACCAGCACACGGAUGACAGGAAACAGUAUCGUCACGUGUCGGGCGCCGUGCUAAACGCUCUCGCGAACAUAGCGGCGAACGUUCGCGGCACGAAUGCUCGCCUGGAACUUCUCACUCGGCUGUUAGAGCUAUUCGUGCAGCUUGGUCUUGGCGGAGAGAGGGCAACGGACAGAUCCCCCGCUCCGGUGCUAAAGGCUUCAGGCAGUGCGGGCAAUCUGGGUGUCCUGAUACCAGUCAUUGCGGUGCUAGUCAAAAGGUUGCCGCCGAUCAAAAACCCUAAGCCCCGCCUACACAAACUUUUCAAAGACUUUUGGUUAUACUGCGUCGUCAUGGGAUUCACCGCAGCUGAAUCGGGUUUAUGGCCACAAGAAUGGUACGCGGGUGUAAAAGAGAUUGCAGCCAAGUCUCCAUUCCUCGUCUCGCAAACGUCAUUGCGGUCGGAAAUGCGCGAACUUCAGUACACGUCUGCGGUGCGAAACGACUCCGUUUCGAUCAACGAGCUACAGGAGCUGAAGACGCAGAUUUUGAAUCUGCUAGACCACCAACCCGAUGUCACUGUCAUUGUCAACAAGCUGUCAUUCGCGCCCUGUAUGUAUCUGCUGAGUGUCUAUUGGCUGGAAACGCUAAGGGUAUCAAAUUCCAUGGAGCCCAGCUUACAGCCUAUCAUAGAGUACUUGAGUGACACUGCUUUACAGAAAGACAAGAGUGGAAUGUGGCAGUGUGUUGCGAGCGUGGGUGACAAGGUAUUCCAGAAGUUUCUAGACGUUAUGUCGCAGAAGGUGAAGGACGAAUCCCGGGAACGGGAGUUGGAGUGUCACGCUCAGUUCCUCCUGGUCAACUUUAACCACAUCCACAAGCAGAUCCGACGCGUGGCCGACAAAUGGCUGGCCGGCCUUGUGGAUAGGUUCCCGCACUUGCUUUGGAACUGCCGGGUUUUAUGGUCUAUGUUGGAUAUAUUACAAGUUCUGAGCUUUAGUUUGGAGUUAGACGCCAACCAGGAGACGCCGUUGCUGAAGGUUCCCGGGACUGACUUUACGAUGCAACUUCAGGACACUUUGGAAGGCAGAGAGAGUAUAGUAAAAGACUUUGCGGAUCGGUGUGAAGGCAUCGUGCAAGAGGCUAUGAAGUGGGCGCCGCAGUCGACGAGGUCACAUCUGCAGGAAUAUUUGAAUCAGGUUCCAAACUCGACUCUAUGGCAUCACUGCGGCCUCGCUCUAGCUACAAGCGCGUUGUUGGGUGCAGCGGGACUAAACAGGGCGUCCGCCUCUCUACCACGCUCCGCGCUUGAUAAACGUCCGACGUGUGUGACGCAGGACUCCGCUGCAUUGCUAGCGGUAGUGUCGCAAAGGAGUCGCUACGUCGGCGAGAUAUCGGGCUUGGUGAACGCGGAGGGCGGGGGCGAAGCGGCGCUGUGGCGUGUCGGCAGUCGGUUGCACGCGGCGCUCAGUGACGCGUGCGCCGGCGGCAGUGAGACGGCGCACCGGGCCGCGCUGUGGCGGUGUACGGCGCUACUUGUACACGCACGCACGCUCGCCGCCGUCGCCAGCUCGUCGUGCGCUGCGGCGCGGGCCCUGCUGCACAGUAUAGGUACCUCAGUGACACCGGGCCGCGCUGUGGCGGUGUACGGCGCUACUUGUACACGCACGCACGCUCGCCGCCGUCGCCAGCUCGUCGUGCGCUGCGGCGCGGGCCCUGCUGCACAGUAUAGCUCGUCGUGCGCUGCGGCGCGGGCCCUGCUGCACAGUAUAGCGUGGUCUCAAGUUGAGAUAUUCACGGAGGAUGCAGUGACGUCGGCUGUUGAAUGUUGGCAGUGGCUCACUACGUCACGUCCUGAUUUGGAGUUGCGCUUGUUGCAAGAGAUCUUCGCUGCCUGGCAAUGUACCGUGGACAGAAAAAUGGGGCUCUUCGCGAAGCAAGCUGAUGAAAUCAACCCAUUAUCUGCAUAUGAGGGUGCAAAAUUAGAACCUCGUCCGCCGUUUGUAGCGCCACAUGCGGUAUGGGUUCGAUUCCUGUCCGAGGUAGCGGACACUGCCAAGUACAACAGCUUGGAGAAAGUCGAAAUGCUGGCUAGCCUCAUGCACAGAACUUUACCAAUAACUGUGGGUGACGUUCGAGAUCACAUCAACAGACACGUGGACGCAGUCGGUGUGAGGUUCAAACUGCUGUCGUGUGGCCUCUCGCUGCUGCAAGGCGACAUUCUGCCGCGAUGUCUGGCUCGCAACAUCCUGCGCGAGCGCAUCUACAGCGCCUGCCUCGACUACUUCUGCCGCGGGCUCCAGUGUCCGUCGCGCCAGCCGGCCGCCCUGCGCGAGGAUAUCAUAGCGCUCAUCAAGUUCUGGCAACUCAUGCACUCGGACAAAAAGUACUUGAAGAGCAGUGACAUUGGUGGUGAGUUGGAGCUGAUGCAAGGUCCCAGUAACCACAGCCUGUACACGUCAAACUCGCCAACCAUAGACAACAGGUCGUCCGUCAACAGCGGCGAUAUCGGCGCCAAGCAGACCACUGGCUGGAUAAAUACAGUGCCAAUGUCAACAAGUACGCUAAGCAGUGGUGCGGGCAGUGUAGUGGGGAAACGCUCCGUCAGGAGUAUUAAACCUGCCCAGACCAGGCAGGAUCCCUUCGUGAAGAACUACGUGCGGAAACGGAAUCUUAUACUAGAGCUUAUGGCAGUGGAGAUAGAGUUCUUAGUGACGUGGCACAACCCACACGGGCGACCCGAGCGCUCGAUCCCCGGCGAAGACAACAUCACCACGUGGCGCUCAAAGCCCAGCACAGAACGAACCAGCAGAGAGCGAGCCGAACUUGCCUGGGACAUAAGUCCCGUACUGGCUGUGUUUCUGCCUGAGCGAUUAAAGAAUGAAGGUAUUAUAACGGAGAUUCGCAACAAAGUGCAAGCUCACCCGACCUCCGUGUGUCACGUGCCUCAAGCGCUCAAGUACCUGGCGACCACCGAAACACUCAUCAACGACGCGCAUGAGCUAGUCGAGAUGGUGACAUGGGCGCGCGUGACUCCGGUGGAGGCUCUUUCCUUCUUCAGCCGGCAGUACCCAUCACACCCGCUGUCGGCGCAGACCGCGGCCGCAGCGCUCACCGACUGUCCAUCGUCUGCCGUUCUGCCCUACAUCCCACAGCUGGUGCAAGCACUCCGAUAUGACACGAUGGGCUACGUGUCGGAGCUUAUAAAGUCGCUGGCGAAGAAGUCUCAGGUGGUCGCCCACCAACUGAUUUGGAACAUGCACACCAACAUGUACACUGACGAGGAGAUGCAAAACAAGGAUGCUGCCCUCUAUGAUACACUCGAGGCGUUAACAAAGAACAUAGUCGAGUCCCUAUCUGGGCCGGCCAAGGCGUUCUAUGAACGUGAAUUCGAUUUCUUCAGUCAAAUAACGAACAUAAGUGGUCUCAUCCGACCUUAUCCCAAGGGUCCCGAAAGAAAAAGGGCUUGUCUCGAGGCCCUCAAAAAUAUUAAGGUGCAGCCAGGAUGCUAUUUGCCGUCUAAUCCAGAUUCGAUGGUUAUUGAUAUAGAUUAUAAAAGCGGAACGCCAAUGCAGAGUGCAGCCAAGGCGCCAUAUUUGGCACGUUUCCGCGUACGCAAAUACGGGAUCGAAGAGAUGGAAACCGUUGCAAUGGCGCUUUCAAAGGGAGAAGACCCUCCCGCGGAAGAAGGUCGGGACCGCUACACGUCGAUCGUGCACGAGACGUGGCAGGCCGCCAUAUUUAAAGUGGGUGAUGACGUCAGACAAGACAUGCUCGCACUUCAAGUGAUAUCGUUGUUUAAGAACGUGUUCAAGCAAGUCGGCCUCAACCUGUACUUAUUCCCAUACAAAGUUGUCGCUACUGCGCCGGGGUGCGGUGUAAUAGAGUGCGUGCCAAACGCAAAAUCACGGGACCAACUUGGCAGGCAGACAGAUAUCGGCAUGUACGAUUACUUCCUCACCAAGUAUGGCGACGAGACCACUAAAGAGUUUCAGGCGGCGCGUCGUUGUUUCAUCACGUCGAUGGCGGCCUACAGCGUCAUUGGGUUCCUGUUGCAGAUAAAAGAUAGACACAACGGCAACAUUAUGUUGGACACAGACGGACAUAUUAUACAUAUUGAUUUCGGCUUUAUGUUCGAGUCAUCGCCGGGAGGAAACUUGGGUUUUGAGCCCGACAUCAAGUUGACUGAUGAGAUGGUGCUGGUGAUGGGCGGCAAAAUGGAGGCUCCGCCCUUCCGCUGGUUUUGCGAGCUCUGUGUUCAAGCAUUCCUUGCCGUCAGGCCAUACCAAGAAGCGAUAAUAUCAAUGGUAUCGCUCAUGCUGGAUACGGGUCUACCGUGUUUCCGUGGACAAACAAUCCGCCAACUGCGUUCCAGGUUCGCGCCAAAUUCCACCGAGAAGGAAGCGGCCGCGUACAUGCUGUCAGUGAUAAGAAACUCGUUCCUCAACUUUAGAACGAGAACCUAUGACAUGAUUCAGUAUUAUCAGAACCAGAUACCUUAUUGAAUUAUAUUUACCGGAUUUUUUUCUAAAGAGUACACCCGUCGGGCUAUAAGCGGAUAUGUAUAGGUGCGGGAAAAAAAGGUUUACUGCAGUACUAUUUCUUCUCAUUUGUCGGAUUGAGGUUGUUUUCUGUCAUGUGACGGGCAUGAAGCUCACUUGAUAGACAGUUAUUGAUAACAUUUAAUAAUAGGACGCUAUAGGCUGUCUUGAUAUUUUUAACAUUUACGCAAUAUUUCUCUUUAUUUAUGUGAAUUGUCGGUGGCGCGAUGGAGAGUGCCGUUGACUCUCGUAAGCCUUAGUUCGAUCGUCGCUGAUCGCCAUGUACCAAAGUGUUUUCAGUUUACGAAUUCAUAUGGACUUUAAUUCAAUGAUAAGAUUUAUUCUUUAUAAGGUCGGCAAAGCUCUUGUAACUCCUCUGGUUUUAUAAGAGAGUAUGAGCUGCGGUGGUCUCAUACCAUCAGGCCACCAUGCACGCUCAUUUGUCUCUCUCUCUCUCUAUCUCUAUUUUAUGAUUAUUUAACAAAAAAUAUUUAUUAUUAUUCUGUAUUUGCGGUGCAAAAACCACAAUCUAAAUCAAUAUUUACCGCAAAGUCGACUAUUUUUUCUCUUGACAUGAGCCGCGUUAAAUGCGAGCUUUCAAAACUACCUCCAAUUUAUAUUUGAAAGGUGCGUUUAAAGCUUCUUGUCACUUAAAACUAAAAUGUCUCUAAAAUGGUGUACACUUUAUCGAAUCACAGAGUCCACUAAUCUCUAAAGUUUAUUUAUUUAUGUAUUGGAGAAAAAACAGUUACAAUAAUAAAUUAUAAAAAUAUUGGGAAUAAAUAAUAUAAAUUAAAAAUAUGCACUCAUAACCUUAAACAUUUCUCACUACGAGCUAAUUGUUAAAGUCGUCAAAAUUGAGAUAAUAGAUGUUUUUUUAAUGACAAUAAAGGACGAGACGAGCAGGAUGUUCAGUUGAUGGUAAUUGAUACGUCCUGCCCAUUACAAGGCAGUGCCGCACAGGAUUCUUGAAAAACCCAAAAAUUAUGAGCGGCACUUCAAUGACCAAAUUAGCUGAGCGGCAUUGCAAUUGCGUUCGUCACCUUGAGACAUAAGCGGCGCCCUUUAGACCGAAACACAAUAAUGCUUACACAUUACUGCUUCACGACAGUUGUGGUACCCACUAUCUAGCCGGCAUCCUGUGCAUAAGAGCCUCCCACUAGUAGUUACCAGUCUAGUCUAUGUGUCAAUUAACUAUCGCAGAAAAAUAUCCCAGUAAUUUGUUCCUUUAGCUUAUAAGUUCGAUUUUAAUAAUCUAUAUAUGAGUGACAAACUUCGAAACGGCUUUCAAACGCUUUCAACUAGUUUAAAUGUUGCGGAGAGAGUAAUGCCUGGAGGCCUACUCUUAAAAUCGAUGAUACAUUAGGAACGAUACGAUAAUGCUCCGGAUAUCUCGCGACAGGCCUACUCUAACUAAUGGUCGAAUUCCUUAUCGUUAAUCGUAACCAUAGACUAAUAUUUUAAUUUUUUUACGAUGUUUGAGUGAAUGAAUUAUGUGCUAACCGUGAAAAACUAAAUAUAUAGUAUAUUAUCUGUGCUAUGUCGCUGUUAAGUGUCAAAAGUCAAAACAUAGUAGUAGCGCAAAGGACCAUGCCAGACACUCAUCAACAUAUUAAUACCUCCAUAACACAGACAAUAGCUGCAAUGAUAGUCUCGUCGUAUAGACAAAACCAAAAACAUAAACUAUAGACGUAUAGACAAACAUCGCUUGCGAGACAGAGAAAAAAUAAGCAAGAUAGAAAACUUAAGCGAAUCUAUUGGGACUGCAAACAAUUUUGAAUAUUAAAACACUAGCAAAUAAAGCACACAUUGACAAAUCAAAAUUAGUCACGCAUUAUUGGUCUGUUAGGUCGCCUAUACGCUAGAAUAUUCUAAGUGUAUGGUCUGAAUUACUGUACAUUGUUAAAUCUCUUGAUUAUAAGCAUUAUUUACCGAAUUUCGAAGGCGUUAAAAAAUAUAUUAUUUAUUUAGACCAAACAAGGCACUCGUUAUUCUGAAAAUGAGAUUGCACAUUAAGGUGCGUACAGAUUGGCGAAAUGUAACAUCAAAUGUAUCAUGCAAUGAUCGAAUUCAGCGUACACAUCGCUGCAAUUGUAUCAAGUCCAUUGAAAUGUUACAUAAGCUUGGUAUUUAUUAGAGGACGCAAUUUUAUUUUUGGGACAUGUGUGGGGGUCAAUUCUUAACCCCAAGUUUUUGGGGUUGCUGCAUUUGUCCCCCGGCCGCCAUCUUGGAAAAAGGAGUUCAAACACCUUUAUCGCGAAAUCUAACUAACUAACUAACAAUUGCUCAUAGUUUGGACGUCCUGUGCGCGCAAAACGAGCAAACCACGCGCACGCUACGAGCAUUACAAGCCGUGCGUGGAGCGUCCCGUGAUUUGUGAGUUUUUCGAACGAGCACAAAGGGGCACGUCCGUGGCUGAAUAGCUUUGUAGUGAAUGCUCAGUAUGAGCAUAGCAGUAGCAAGAUAGAAUGAUACAUUUCAUGUUACGUUUCACCAGUCCGUACGCACCUUAACAUAGAAAUAUGAAUUGCUUGUGUCAAAGGUAUUUUUUUUUAUCAGUUAAAAUAUAACACAAUGAUUAUUUACGUCUUGUGUCUUAAAAGUAAAAUAUCAUGUAAUAAAUAAUGGAUGAAAGACAACGGAUUUCGGAAUUUCCUUCUUGUCUUACUUAAAGGUUCCUUCUGAAAUUUAAGACUAUAGUUAAACUGUGGUGUGAGAUUAUUGUUUUAUGUCAGUUAAAUUUGUUAAAACUAAUUAUUUUUAAUAGGUAAUUCAUGGUUUAUGCUUUAUUAUAGCAAUGUCAAAGACUUGCUGCCUACGGUGCAAUAUUAAUGAAUUGUGCGCCCAGAAACGGCCAGAAAAUUGCAGAGAUUUAGUGUUGUGCUAUGUAUUGCGAGAUGGACUGUAUCUAUGCCCACUCAACGCACUUACGGGCGUUAGUCCGUGUUUAUCGCAGAGUUUUCUUCGAUUUUUUAUCGAUAAUUCCGUUUUUGCCAUUAAAUAAGAGUAUGCCAAAAUCGCAAUAAAAUUUUAAAAAAGAAACAAGUCUAACACGUGCAUUAGAGCAUUGAUGAUAUAUUGCGUCGAAGGCGGCGAGCGUUUGACAAAAUAUAGUAUUAUUUUUUAAUGGUGCAUAAAUAUUAUUAAUGAUAAUACAAUUCAGUUAUAUUUUGUAUUUUGAUAUUCUAAGAAAUUAUAAUAGUUAUAUAAUAAUUUAUUUUCUAUUUCUUGUGACGGAUGCUAAAGGAUUUACGUGUGAAUUUUAGGUACGUCGUAUUCAUUGUAACCCCUGUUUAAGUGGUUCAAGAGCUGACUAUUUUGAAUGAAGGUAUUAGUUUUUAUAAACUACCUUCAUUCAAAGUUACCACCUGAGUUUUUAGUAUUUUUUUUAUAACUGCGUGAUUGUCAAAGUUUAGUACUACUGCGCCAUUUCCUAGUUCACAAUAAGAUAAUUUACACAGAUCAAUUGAUAUAAUAGUGUUUUAGAACUACAAGGCCUGUAUAUCUUUUUAUUUUGCCUAACACCUGAAUGCCUUUACUUUAUAUGUAUGUUUUAAAACGAAGCCAAUUAUAUAUUUGUUAAAGUGAAAACCUUAGAUAAUUUAUGUGUCUAGAUACACUAUGACAGCUGUGAAAACGUCUAAAAAAAUUGAGUUUAGAACUAACAUCUAUUUUGAGCAAUUCACGCACACUAACACAAAGUGUCAUACAAAUCGCGAGUGUAAGACGUAGCUUGUCACGCAGGCUAUAGUAAUAAACCUGGCCUAUUUUUAUCGGUUGUCUAGGAGCAAGUGACUCUAUCUAGUCUUAUGAAUUAUCUAAGGUAAAAAUGGUAGUGAUAUGUAUGUUCCUGAACGUCAUAUUUUUAAUUAACGGUAAAUAGUUUAAAUCUAAUAAAGUUCAUGUAAAUAAAGGAGAGAUCGAAUCGGAUCUUUACCUCUUGCUGACAAUUUCAGACGUGACUAUUAUAAUAAUAUUGACACACUUUUACACAAAUUAUCUUACGCCACAUUAGGCAUAUAUAAAUAACACAGGCUGUGUUAUGGAUUGCAAGACAGCGAUAUUUAAUACAAUAUACCUACUUAAACAUACAUAAAUACAUAUAAACAUCAAUGACUAGGAAACUAACAUCCAUAUUCAUCAUAUAAAUGAUUGCACCUACCGGCAUGCGAACCCGGGACCUCUAGCCUAGUAGGUAUACUAGGCUAGAGGUCCCGGGUCCUAACCACUCGGCUAUACAGAUCGUCAAAUGACGUUAAAUUUAAUAUUAUAGGAAGUAUAUCAAGCUAAUUUCAGAACACCAGUCUAAUAGGUACUUUAUAUAUAAGUAAUUAUUUAUUUUAAAUGAUGAGACACUCUUACACUGUGUGUAAAUUUAAUCUAAGGAAAUAUGAAGAUAAUGUAAGCAAUUCCAAAGCUGCAUUAUUUUUGCCAACUUGUCUUUGUGUCUUUUUUGUACGUUUCGAAGUACCUUCUAAUAAGAGAGAAAAGCGUUAGUGCCACAGAUAUAGAAAAUGGGCUAAGUCUUUCUGAUCUGUAUAGAUUAUAGCUUAAUGUAAAGUAAGUACCGGUUAUGAAGUGUGUGAGACUUCAGCCAAAUACAAAGAACCACAGCGGAAGCUCUAUCUUGGAAUCAAAUAAAGUUAUGAUUGCCAAUCAUUAUUGCCAAAAAUCAUUUAACUUGGCAGUCAUCAUUUGGCAUUGCUAUGACUAAUCAAAAGCUCUCAAUAGAUAUCAUAUUUAAAUAAAACACCUUUAAAGGAUCAAAACGCGUGUAAUUGUAACGGUUUUACAUUAGAUUUUUGCGUAAAAGUUACAUUUUUAUAUUAGUUAACCCCACGUUAAAACAGUUCCCCUGAAAACGAGAUCUGGAAAGUUCUUGCAACGUCGGGUUAAUUAAAAUAAAAAUGUAACUUUUACGCAAAAAUCUAAUGUAAAAAAGGUUACAGUUACACGCGUUUUAAUCCUGUAAAAGUGUUUUAUUUAAAUGUGUAACACUCGCGUUAAUCAAAGAAAAUAGAUAUCAUAUUAUAAAAAUUACAAAUUUAUUAAAACACAUGUAUGAGAAAAUGUAUCUUUGAGUGUGUGUGUUGUGUGAGCAAAAUGUCUUCCUUCUCUUUCAGUCGUCUCGCCACACAACCUUUCUCCAUCGUAAGCCUUCUUUCGCCAAGUCGUUCAUACGAAUUUACUUACUUUUAUCCGGCCUCAGAUAAAGUUAAUUUGAAUUGGUCCACGUCAAGCCGCUCUUUUCUAAAGAACUUCAGAAACAACAGUACUUAGUCCAUUUUCGGUAUAUAUGUAGUUAGUGCUAUUGAAGCUCAAAUUUUUAUUUCGCCCAAAGAUGGUCUUUUGUCUGUUUACCGUGUUUGUAGCACGGUGUUUAUAAUCUUUGGCAUUUUAACUUAUCGGGUUGGCUGCAUGUUGUUGGACGCAAAGAAGAUGUAAAUACUACGUAAUACGAAGCGACUGCCUAAGUAAAGAUUGAAAUUUAGUUUAGUAUGAAACAUGCAGUCAUUUGACAUAAGUUUGAUAUAGUACUAAUUACAGUAUGGCCAAUCGCCAUCGCGACGAAGUAUAACCCGGCUAAGCUUGAAAGCGAACAGUUGCUUAAGACGAAGUGUAUUUCGGCUAUCUGCGUUUUUUACAAUAUUAUAUCCGUCAUCUGUCAAUCUAUCAGUGACUGCACGUUUCAUACAAUCGAGUGAAUUGCAUUUUUCUUAGAGAGUUUCGCUAGGCUUGUUGGGCGCAUCAAGACCUGAAGAACACAUUUUGACAGUGACAUAAAUUAGCUGUGAUCCAUAAUUAUUAUUGUAAAAAGGAUAGCAUGAUUUCCAUGCUAUCCUUUUCACAUCAUGAGUCACUGUCAUGCGCGGAGUGUUACUUAUCAGUUUUCUUGUGAAUAUGUACUCCACCUGACCUCUAUUAUAUACAACUGGACUGGCGGCUGUCAAAGUGCUUUUGUGCCUGUUUGAUAAUUGCCAUUUUUGCGCUGUUGGCCAUGUAGCGAGAGUCUGCGGUACUAAAACUAGUGAUGACAACCUUAGCAAACAUCGAUAGAUGGUGGGAAACUAUUUACAUGACAACAAAAAAUGUGUACUUUAUAAAACGUUGAUUCUUGAAGUAUAAAUAACACGGAAAACGAACGAAAUUAAUUCAAAAUGUAAAAAUACUUGAGAGUAUUGUACGUUCCUUCGCAGCCAUUUGUAUUAUAAGUCAAAAUUAGUUCUCUGAACGCUCGCGAGUGGCGCUUCAAAUAGGCACAAAAAAUUUGCUGUCCAACAUAUGCCUGUUCAAUGGUAUUUAUACAGGCCAGUGUCUCUACGUAAUAUUGAAUAUAAAUAAUUGGAUGCUAUAUCCCUUGUGUGUUGGUCUGUCUUUACGUCUAUACUCUGAUAAGAAGUGUUAUACGUACUUUAGUAAAUCUUAAUAUUUAUUAUAAGGUGUGAUAUUAGAUAAUUUAUACGUCUAGAUACAGCCUCUUGUUGAUACAUCCGAUGAAGACAAGCUACGUCUUACGUUCGCGAUUUGUAUAUCACUUUGUGUUAGUGUGCGCGCUCAAAAUAGAGGUUAACUGUCAACUUAAAUAUUUUUCGACGUUUCCACAGUAUAUCUAGGCGUUUAAAUUAUCAAAUGCUGAGAUGUUUAGGUAAUUGUUCUGUGAAUGCAUAUUAAUUACUAAUGUAGAUAAAUUUGUUAUUUGAAGUUCCAUUGUUGAUCAUGUCGAUAUUCUAUUUAUUAUUUGAAUGUUUCAUAUAAAUGUGCUAUUUGUGUAUUUAACUUUCACCUUAUAUGGUAUAAUGUCAUACACUUACAUGGGUGUGGUCUGUAGGUAAAUGUAUUGCCAUAUCAAAAAAUACCCUUGUUUUGGACAUUCCUCUGAUAUUAUAGUUAUUUAUUGUUGGUAUUCAAAUAUAUAAUGGUAAAGGUGAA